CAUGUUAUGAAGAUGACAUUUUAAUGAUUUUAUCGGGAAUUUUGACACAUAUCAUCAUCUUGCAAGCUAGUGACAGUGCAUACAAAAUAACAGACAAUAAAGGCAACACAUGACAACAAACAGAAACAUAUAGGAUGUCACACAGUGCUGUGCUACCUUAUAUGGUAAUGUAUAAGCACCCUUUGGUAUUCUAUAACUGCCAGGGUCAGUGGAAAAAUACCCUCUUUUCAAUCAGAUAGAAUUCUUUGCCUGUCUUUGUGCUGCUCACACUUUGUUGGUUUAAUUUAUGAAGUUAUUGCGUGGCGGUGCUGGUGCAAUCCAAGGAUUAAUAACAUACUAUAUAGCCUACAGGCGAAGAUUUGAUUGUGUUUAAGUGUAUCUUCGGUGCGCAUAGUUUCUGCACUAUAUGUUAGUAAUCUCAUUCCCAGACAAUAAUACUGGCAGUAAGUAAGAGGAGAGACAUGAUGCUGCCUAAUGUUCAUGAUACAUACUGUAAGUGUACUAUGUGAAUCUAUCCACUGCUUUCUUUGCAGGUGAAUCAACCUGACAUGUUGGAUGUACUAUAUGUAUUACUGUAUAGUGCAGAAAUACAACAUCUUUGAUUCAUUAAUCAUGCAGCAGGUUUACUACACUGCAUUCAGUGUGAUAAAUCAACCUCAAUGUUGGAUAAAUCGGACACAGAAUGUACAUAAAAGAUGGAGUGAAGGGAUAAAGGAUGAAACACUCAUUCACUCAUCUUUUAUCCAGCUUUAUAAUACAAUAGAUUUAUUGUAGACUCAUUGCAUUUUUACAACGCAAGCUACAUCCAUCAUAAGUGCAUACAAAUUGCAAGUAUAAUUAAUUUGUGAAGGAGUGAGUUAAGUCUGUUGUCGUAUGUGUCUCUCAGAGUGUGUUUUUCUCAGCUGUCAAGAGGAAAAAUGCACCACAUCCGGCGCAACAGACCGGAAGCAUAGGAGACGGGUAGUACGAAAUGUCUGUGGAUGUGUUUGUGCAAGUCUGUGGGUGUUUUUGUGUGUGUGCAGGACAUGCCUUCUUGAAGCAUAGAUGUGUGUGUAUGCGUGGAAACAGUUGCAUCUUGCACGAGAGUGUGUGAAGAGAGGAUACUGUCAUGUGAUGGUGAUGGGAUGUAAGGGCGCUUAAUACAAGGUCAUCAGAAAAACAUUUAGAGAAAAGGAUGAAGCGAAGUAGGGAGGGCAAUGCAGGCGAGGGAUGGAUGGGUGGGGGGGGAUGCAGAGGGAGAAACACGGUAUAUUCAUAGCAGCAGCGGUAUUUAUAGCCAACUGGAGAGGAGAGAGCGUGGGGCGUGGCUUGGGUUGUGGCUUUCACACUGCUUCACAAGGCAGGGAGGGAAUGUGAAGAGAGAGGCAGCUCUGGCGCAAGAGUGAGAGAAAUAGAGAGAGAGAGAGGGGAGGCUAUUUGCCAUAUUUGGCAGGAGAGGGAAGAAAGAAAGGAGGGAGGGGGCGAGAGCUGUUUUUGAGUGUGCAGUGUGUGCCUCAGAAAUGAGAGAGAGGGAGAGAGAGAGGAAGGAGGGUACUGAGCUGCAAGAAAUCUGUCAGAUUCAGACACACUGCUCUAUGUGUGUGUGAUAGAGAGAACGAGGGAUGAGAAGAGAGGAGAGCUGAAGAACAGAUGGCAAGAGACGGACCACAAAGUCAGGUCAGUUCACUUAUGGAUCAGCAUUCAUAUCAGAAGCCCAGGGGAUGAACACAUCGACCAGACUGACAUCCCCGCUGAGUACAGACGAUCAACACUGAUGCAGAUGCACUGCAGGCAGUGAUCAGCAAGGCCAAGGGGUGAAAGGUCACAGACUACAGGCACUGAGGUUGAAAGGUUUCAGAAAGGAAGACUGUGAGGCUACAAGAGGAAUCAGGGUUCAGGAGGGAAGGCCUCAGUGGCAGACAAGAGUCAGGGGGUCAAAGAUGAUGACAUCACAUGGCAAGCUGAGGAGGGAGAAGGGGAGUCUGGCCGAGUACGAAUUGCAGAUGAAAGACCUGCGGGCCCAGUUGACAGACCAGAUAAAGAUUUUAGACUCUCAGGUGGAAGUGAAACAGCAGCAGCUCUCAGACCUCUCUGAGUUUCUCCGGCGUCGAGGGGACAUCGAGGCUGAAUAUACGCGCGCCCUCGACAAACUCACAGAGAGAUUCACCCAUAAGACUAAGAAGAAGGAGCAGUGGGGUCAGUCUGUGUGUCAGGUCUGGUCUGUUUUGCUGACUCAGACUCGUCUGGAGAGCCGGGAACAUGCAGCACUGGGUGACAUCUGCUGCAAUACACUCACACAGCGGUUGGCACACAGUACUGAGGAUACAAACCGUCUGCACAAACGGAGCAAAGAAGUUGGCAUCCAGAUGCAGGAUGAGUUGCUAAAGGUCACCACUGAACUGCAGACGGCUCUAAAGACAUAUAACCAGUACCACACAGACUGUCUGAUAGCUGAGGGGAAACUGAAGGAAGCUGAGCGGUUAGAGGAGAGACACACCGGCAAGUCAGCUGAGCUCGGCCCCGGCCAAUCAGGAGGACAGAGGCGGAGUUCUGUCAAAAAGAUGGAGAGAUUAAUGGAGAAAAGGCAUGGCAGAGUGCAGGAGACCCAGCUGAAGUGUACCAAGGCUCGUAAUGACUACCUGCUGAACCUAGCAGCAGCCAACGCAGCCAUGAACAAGUACUACCUGCAGGACAUCAGCACUCUCAUUGACUGCUGUGACCUGGGUUUCCAUCUGUCUGUGGAGAGGGUGAUGAGGUGCUAUCUGGCCAGUAGGUGGCACAUCCAGAAAACAGAGGAGACAGGGCUUAAGCAGCUGGAGGCUGCUGUGACAUCCCUGGACCAGGGUGGAGACAGAGAUGCAUUGCUACAGCAACACGACACCGCCUUCUGCCUUCCAUUCAGAUUCAACUACCAUCCUCAUGAGGGAGACCAGGUGUGUGAGGUGAGUGCGGAGAGCCAGGUGAGGUACGAGCUAGAGACCAGGUUUCAGCAGCUUCAGUCUCGACUCGCAGCUGUUACCUUGGAAGCAGAAGAGGUCAGUAAAACACUUAAAGCCACACUCACAGCCCUGCUGGACAGUAUGUGUGAAAGCGACUGUAACCCCUCCCCUGACGUGCCCAGCAGCCUAUCACAUGAGCCCCCUGGAGGAAACACCACCCCAAAACUUACACUUGCCAAGCGUCGAGCCAAUCAGCAGGAGACAGAGACCUACUAUUUUACUAAAGUGAAGGAGUUCCUAACCAGCAGUUCUCUGACCUUCAAACUUCAAGCCAAGCAUGACCUUCUACAAGAUGCCAUACAGAAAGCUGAGGCUGUUGACAGUGACCCUUCCAGAAUGCAAUGUGCUCGUUCAGUGCGUGUUUGGAAGUCCAGACCUGUUUCCCAAUUCUGCCACACACUCUUCACCACAGACAUACUCUCCUACAUACAGAGCUCUGGGCAGCAGAUUCCCGUUGUGGUUGAAAGCUGCAUCCGUUUCAUAAACCUUCACGGUCUCCACCAUGAAGGGAUAUUCAGAGUUCCUGGGUCACAAAGGGAGGUUAACCUCAUCAGACAUGCAUUUGAGAGAGGAGAUGAUCCUCUGUCAGACAGUGAGUGUGACCUGGACUCUGUGGCUGGUGUGUUGAAGCUUUACUUCAGGGGCCUUGAGCCUCCUCUCUUCCCUUACGACAGCUACUCUCAGCUGCUGGAGUGUGUCCAAAUCGAGGGGGUGACAGAGAAAGCUGCCCAGAUUAAAGCGAUUGUCUCCACCUUCCCACGGCCUCUCCUUGUCGUGAUGCGUUACCUUUUUGCUUUCCUCAAUCAUGUGUCUCAGUACAGUGAUGAGAACAUGAUGCAGCACUACAACCUGGCUGUUUGCUUCGGUCCAAGCCUACUGAGGGGGGUAGAUUCUGAUGAUGCUGUUGCUAAGCAGCCCCAGGUCAAUGAUCUUGUCAAAACCAUGAUCCUCCAACAUGACAUCAUCUUCCCCAGCCAAUCAGAACUUCCAGGCCCCGUCUAUGAGAAGCACAUGACUCUGGAGCAGGAGUACUGUGAACCAAUCACAGAAGAGGGAGAUGGAGAGACUGAGCAUCUGCCUAGUGAGGAUGAAUGGGAGGCAGUGGCUAUGUUCGACUACGUAGCAAGAUCUCCAGCAGAGCUGUCCUUCAAGCAGGGAGAGCUUCUUGUCCUUCACAGCAAGGCCUCUUGUGAUUGGUGGAGAGGCGAAGUGGGCGGGGUUAAAGGUCUCAUCCCUCACAAGUACAUCAGUGUGCUAGAAGGGUCAGAGCGAGGGAAAAGAGAGGAAGGGGGGGGGGGAGGCAGCACUGGAAACCUGACAGCAGAAGAUCCACAGAUGGAGAACACAACUCGCAUGCGGGUGAACAGUGACAGUGCUUCGUUGCCUGGGAGACAAAGAGGAAAUGAGGGGAGCCCCAAUCAAAAAGCGCCAACCUCCCCCGCAACACGACACCUGCCAGUGUCUCAGGAGCGAAGACACACUUUGGACACUGUGAGACAGGGUGGCUUCAGACCCACAGAAAGACCUCCAUUUGGUCAGGCAGACAGAACAGCAAUCGACAAGGAGACGAUCAACCGUCAGAUGAACUCGGUGUUCAAGGAGCUCCUGUCUCGCCAGCCUCCUGUGCAGCAGUCCACCCUCGCCACCCCUGCUGCCUCUGCGGCCCCUGCUCCCUCUUCCUCCUCUCUUCCUCAAACUGCCCCUGCUGCCAAGAAAGUAGGAUUCGGCCUCAGAGGACUGGCCCUUUUCAAACCGGUGGACUAAGAGAGAGGAGAGGAUGAUAUUGAUUUAUUGUUUGAUGAUUUGGUAGGUGGUUUGGUUUUUGACCCAUGUAUAAUAUUUGCAUCUCUGCCAUCUCAUAGUACCACUAGUUUUAGUGCCGUGUUACUGUAUGUCCAGUGAGUUUAUUUUCCAGCUGGUUUUGGUCUUUUUAUGUUCUGGUCUGUUUUUGUUCUUCAGGCUUUUAUAAAUUUUGAAGAAUCAGGGAUGUGACAUCUCCAGUGAUAUCACCAGAAUGACUUUUUAAUGUGGUUGUCAUGAUACUUAGAAUAACAACAAAAUACUUAAGAUGCCCCCUAGUGGGAAGUCUGAGAUCAGCUCAUCCUUGUGUUUGCUUUAUUUUUAAAAAGAAAACUGUUCUGGGGCCGUGCCUUCACAUCUUUUACUCUUCACAUUUAAUUCACGAUAGGUUUGAACUCUGAAUAUUAUGUUUACCAUAAUUUGAUCUAAGAAGGUGUUUAUAGAAGUGUUCAAUAUUAAAUAAGACAUUAUGAAAUGAAUAAACAGUGUAAAAUAUAUAAAUGAACCAACAUUUUGUGAAAUAUUGAAGAAAUUGUUCAAACUUAACUCAUUAUUUUGAAAUGUUAUUUCAUCAUUAAUUUUCAUAAUCACAAUUUUAUUGGAUUAUCAUACAUUAUAGACAUUUUUAUUUCAAAAUGCCUUUUUCAAAAGUCUGUAUUUAUUUCAUAAUGGCAUUUUUCCCAAUGACACUUUUAUUUCAUGUCAAGUUUUAUUUCAUAGUGUCACUUUUCAUAAAGACACAUUUUAUUUCUUAAUGUUACUUUUCAUGACAGUGGUGUUGUAGGUGUUGUCUGAGGUGACCAAAAGGCAAGAUUAACAUGGGCUAUUACACCUCUGUUUCACAAGGCAAAAGGCAAAUUGAAUUCCAGGCUUUCCUGGAUAAGACAGGUUACACUUCAGUGUUACCUGGGUUGCUAGUGUAAUGACAAAAGAGCAAAAGGUGGAAAGAGAUUGGUAAAGAGAUUGAGAUUCUAGAGCAAGUUGAGUUCCAAUUUGAGUUAGUUUCACUCACAUCUGUUAAUCAAUGUAAAAUAGUUUGUCUCAGCAUGUGUGCUAAAUGUCAUACAGAAAAGCAAGGACUUAGAAAACAGAAAAAACAAUAUUUGAAUAAAAUAAAACUAAAGAUAUUAGGCAGUACAUUUUCUUCUACACUAGCUAACUGGCUAACCUGCUAGGCCGGUUUGUGAGCUUGGAUUACUGCUCAGCAUUAAAGUGAAGAGUCCGUGUUAGCAGUUUUAGUUAGCUCCUGUUGGCUUGAGCGACAACAGAGAAAGUCUGCCUGUCUUUUUGUUCUUCACAGAGUUGUGUGUAUUUCUCUGAGGAACAUCUUUAGAUUCAAAAUGUGUCAGAAUUAACUCGUAAUUAACCAGCUAACGCUAGCUGCUGCUGUUAUCACCUAGCUAGUUAGCCAGCUAGGUAGGUAGCAUGUGCAGCCUUGUUAAGCUACCGGUAAGUAAUUAACAGGAGAUGUUUCUUGUAUGUACUGUGUUUAUUUUCAGUAGCAGCUAGAGAGUUGAUUCAGAAUUACUUUGACAGUGUUGUUGUUUUAGCUAUCAGGUGCUAACUGUCUGAUCUGGUAGCAGUUGUUGAGCUUGCUAUUUUAAGAGGCAGGGGACAUAUGAUUGGCUGAAAAGUGAGAGGGCAGUGACAGCACCACUGUCAUGAAAAGUGACAGUAUGAAAUAAAAAGUGACAUUACAAAACAGAAGGAUGAAAGUGUAAUUGGGGAAAAUGCCAUUAUGAAAGACAAAAAGACUUUUGAAAAAGGGCAUUUUGAAAUAGAAGUUGAUGAAAUAACAGUUCAGAAUAAUGAAUGAUUUCUUAAAUUAUUUCACAAAUGAUUGUUUGAUUUGUAUAUUUUACACAAUUUAUUCAUGUGAUUAUUUAUUUCACUAUUAUUUAUUUAAUAUUGAACAUUUUGCGGCUCCAUGGAUGUUAGCUGGGAAAAAUGUAAGCAGUGCAGCAAGCAGCGUUAGCACACGCACACACACACACACACAGAUGGAAAACACAUUCCCCUUCAUAUGUGAUACAUGGCCUGAUACACAGGCCAAAACUCAGGGCUUUUGCAGAGUUAGACAGGCUAACUCAGGUUUGGCUUCGAAAGAAUAAGUAAGAGUUUCUCACUCAGGGCUUUGGUUGACUUACUCUUCAAACUGUGCCCUAGCGUCAAGAGACAAAAUGGCCCCCAUAUAAGAGACGAUUCAGUGACUUCUUCUGGUUUAAACUGUGAAUGCAUCAGCGAUAUUUUGGAGCCACGAUCGAAACUCUUGUCUAAUUCAUCCACACAUAUUGCCCCCCCCAGCACCGUCCACAGGUCCCAUUCAAAUGUGUGUUUCAGGAUUUUUGCAGUGAGGUGUAAAUUACUUUGACUCCAAAAGCAUAUGAAAUGUUGUUAUAUAUGACAUCUCCCCUCUGUCGUGUUUCAGUAUUCGAAACAGAAGUAGAAUCCUUCUUUUGAUUGAUUCUACUUUUAUGAUUAAAAAACCCUUUUAUCACUGUUUGAUGAUGUCACUACAUUUACUGUGUCCAACUGUAUAUGUGGUAAAAAAAAUAAAAUAAAAUGAAUACAAUAAAGAUGAUAAAGUGAUAAGUGA